UGGAAUUGAUUUUUGUCAACUUUGUAAUCAUGGAAUAUGCGUUUCCUUAUUUCACACGUAAUGAUUUUCACUAAUAUUUUAGUGCUUCUAUUUUGUUUGCUUUGUACUUCUAUCUAUCUAUUUUGUUUUUUGUUUUUUUUUAUUCAUCCCUACAAAUUAGGUAUUAAACAAUUAAUUCUCUCUAUAUACCUCUUAUAUGGUUACUUUGAAUUCGAGAUUCGCUCAAAUAUGUCUAAUAAUAGUCCAAAACCGACAUAACUUGCUUUUUUUUUAUAAUUUAAUUUGCGAUUCGCGAGGAAAUUAGCCAACAAUGUGAUCCUUCUUCUACAUAUUUUGUUUUUCUUGAUUUGGGGUAGGCUAGAACAUCCUACAGACAACGAAAAGAGGGUAUAAACUAUUAAUCCUCUACGUAGUCCUAUCACAAGUGUGAAAGAGAAAACAUUAGACCACUAUCAUAAACCCAUAUACGUACAUGUAUUUGUUCCUGUAAUACACAUUGGACGUUCACGUAUUAUAUUCCUGUAGUGACGAAUUUUAGAUGGGAGCCUAUAUUAACGAUAGGAUAAUAAAAUGAUGUGUUGUUUAAUGACCCAAAUUGGUGAUUUAGGUCAACUUUAAGGUGUUUAUGCUCCUAAUCAUCAUAUCCAAUUAUACAAUUUAUACUCUUUGUUAUCAAAUAUCAAAUGAGUCAAUGGCGCUAUCUUGACAGUUGACUCUUAUGUGUGAAAAUAUGUAAAUAAGAGUCCAAAUGCUACAAUUUUUGCAAUUAUAUCGAUUAUUUCAACAUUGUCUGUGGUCUGUGGACCUUAUAUGGCACACAAUUUUAUUGUUUUGCUGACGGUAUCUUGAGGUGUAAUUGCAUUAUAUUGUCGUAUCCAAGGUUAUCUUUCUGAAUGAUAUUUAAUUUUAGAGUUAUGACCAACCAUUUGAUACAGACUAUGAGUAGUAAUCAUUCUUGAUUUGUGAACAUGCUUAGUGGACUAGUGGAGGAUUCACACAUGUAUUAUAAGAUAUAUUCGCCGGACAGAAUCAGCACCAUAUAUGGUAUCUUCAUACUAUUUUAAAAUCCUUCAACCACCUACCUUGUUCAGGUCUGUGAAGUUGAAGACGCAGAAUACGUGUCCUAAACCAUCGUUCAUUAGCUCUACUGUAAAGGAAGCACCAAUAAGACAAUAUAUAUUGUUUCAACGAUGAUUGAACAAGGAGAGGAUUGUUUAGUGAAGGAUGGGACUCUUGAUCUCCAUGGUAAUCCAGCUGACAAGAAGAAAACUGGAAAUUGGAAGGCCUGCAUUUUUAUCCUUGGGAAUGAAUGCUGUGAAAGGCUGGCAUACUAUGGAAUGAGUACUAAUCUUGUCAACUAUUUUAUCGAACGUUUGCAUCAAGGGAAUGCUAUUGCUGCAGAGAAUGUCAGUAAUUGGUCAGGCACCUGCUAUGUUCUGCCUCUUGUUGGAGCCUUUUUAGCUGAUGCUUACUGGGGGAGAUAUUGGGUUAUUGCCGUUUUUUCUAUCAUUUAUGUUAUUGGAAUGACUCUCUUGACUCUGUCUGCUUCUUUGACUGCAUUAAAGAGUUCAGCAGUACCUACAUUUGUAGCUCUUUAUUUGAUUGCCCUUGGAACGGGAGGUAUCAAGCCAUGUGUUUCAUCUUUCGGCGCAGAUCAAUUCGAUGAAACUGAUGACAAAGAAAGGGAAAAGAAAAGUUCGUUUUUCAACUGGUUUUACUUCUCCAUCAAUGUGGGGGCACUAAUUGCUUCCUCAGUUUUGGUUUGGAUCCAAACUAAUGUCGGUUGGGGAUGGGGCUUUGGCAUCCCGGCUUUUGCUAUGGCUGUAGCUGUUGUAUCCUUUUUGUCAGGUUCCCGUCUCUAUCGUUUUCAGAAGCCUGGAGGAAGUCCUCUGACUAGGAUUGCACAGGUUCUGGUUGCAACCUUCAGAAACUUUAAUGUGAAAGUUCCCGAUGAUGAAACUAUGCUAUAUGAGACAGCUGAGGAAGAAUCUAAUAUCAAAGGAAGCCGUAAACUUGAACAUACAAAUAAAUUUAGGUGUUUUGACAAAGCGGCAGUGAUAGUUGAUAAUGAUGAUGACAUUAAGGGUACUCUGAACCCAUGGAAGCUCUGCACUGUUACCCAAGUUGAAGAACUGAAAGCCAUCAUCAGAAUACUUCCAAUUUGGGCAACAGGGAUUAUAUUCUCUGCAGUAUACGGUCAAAUGAGCACCAUGUUUGUACUACAAGGCAAUACCAUGGACCAACACAUAGGCCCAACCUUUAAGAUUCCAGCUGCGUCUCUCUCUAUAUUCGACACCUUGAGUGUCCUCUUCUGGGUACCAGUCUACGACAAAUUCAUCGUGCCAUACGCUAGGAAGGUCACAGGGAAUGAACGCGGAUUCACUCAACUUCAAAGAAUGGGAAUUGGACUUGUGAUUUCCAUCUUCUCUAUGGUUAUUGCAGGGAUAUUAGAGGUGUAUAGGCUUGAUAUGGUGAGAAAAAACAACUAUUAUGAUAUGAAAACGCUUCCUAUCUCUAUAUUCUGGCAAAUUCCGCAGUAUUUCCUCAUCGGUUGUGCAGAAGUUUUCACUUUUAUAGGUCAAUUGGAGUUCUUCUAUGCUCAGGCACCUGAUGCAAUGAGAAGUUUAUGUUCUGCUCUUAGUCUGACAACCAAUGCUUUGGGAAAUUACCUUAGUACACUGCUCGUUAUAAUUGUAACUCAUGUUACUACAAGGCAUGGAAAUUUGGGUUGGAUUCCGAAUAAUCUCAACAGAGGUCACCUUGAUUACUUUUUUUGGGUUUUGGCCAUACUUAGUGUUUUGAACUUCUUCGUUUAUCUUUGGAUCUCGAGGUGGUACACAUACAAGAAGGCGACAGGACUCACAAAGUACAUUAAGUGCUCUCCCCAUUCUGCAAUAUGGUUGUGGAUUUUGUGGGAGAGGAAGGGGGAGGAAUUCGUCCGGAAGCGUGGCAAAUUUUUUGGUUGCGGGGGAGGGAUUAGGUGGCUGUUGAGAUGCGGGGUAGUAACGUGUAGACUAGAAUAUCCAACGAAGAGAGGGUCAUUGUCUGUGACUAUUGAUACUCUUUCGCUGGCAUUUGAUGGAAUGAGUACCAAUCUUGUCAGCUAUUUCAUCGUACGUUUGCAUCAAGGGAAUGCGACUGCUGCAGAGAAUGUUAGUAAUUGCUCAGGCACCUGCUACAUUCUGCCUCUUUUUGGAGCCUUUUUAGCUGAUGCUUACUGGGGUAGAUAUUGGGUUAUUGCCAUUUUUUCUAUCAUUUAUGUUAUUGGAAUGACUCUCUUGACUCUGUCUGCUUCUUUGACUGCAUUAAAGAGUUCAGCAGUACCUACAUUUGUAGCUCUUUAUUUGAUUGCCCUUGGAACGGGAGGUAUCAAGCCAUGUGUUUCAUCUUUUGGUGCAGAUCAAUUCGAUGAAACUGAUGACAAAGAAAGGGAAAAGAAAAGUUCGUUUUGCAACUGUUUUUACUUCUCCAACAAUGUGGGGGCACUAAUGGCUUCCUCAGUUUUGGUUUGGUACCAAACUAAUGUCGAUUGGGGAUGGGGCUUUGGCAUCCCGGCUUUUGCUAUGGCUGUAGUAGUUGCUUCCUUUGACUACAUUAAGGACAUGUUCUCUUCGUCUGAUCUGAUUGGAUCUGAUCUGAAUUUACUAAGGUGUUUUGACAAAGCGACAGUUUUUGUUGCUAAUGAUGAUGACAUUAAAGGCACUCCGAACCCAUGGAAGCUUUGCACUGUUACCCAAGUUGAAGAACUGAAAGUUAUCAUUAGAAUACUUCCAAUUUGGCCAACAGGGAUUAUUUCCUCUGCUGUAUACAAUCAAAUGAGCACCAUGUUUGUAAUACAAGGCAAUACCAUGGACCAACACAUAGGCCCAACCUUCAAGAUCCCAGCUGCUUCUCUCACUAAAACCAUGAUUGCAUGAGUUGCUAGUAUUUAU